UAUUAAUUCAUUAGCAACAAAUUUUUACAUUUUAUUUAUAUAUCUUUUUUCUUCUUCUUCUUCUUCUUUACUUCACCAAAAAUUCUUCAAUCAAUUCAAUUAUAAUUUAUUUUUAAAAAAAAAAAUGGUACACUCAAAGAAGUUUAGAGGUGUGAGGCAACGCCAUUGGGGUUCUUGGGUUUCUGAAAUUAGACACCCCUUGUUGAAAAGAAGGGUAUGGUUAGGGACAUUUGAUACCGCUGAAGAAGCAGCAAGAGCAUAUGAUGAAGCAGCAAUAUUAAUGAGUGGAAGAAAUGCAAAAACUAAUUUUCCAAUAACACAAGAUUUGGAUAAUAAUAAAGAUGUAAAGGCUAAAGAUCAAGAAUCAUCAUCAUCAUUUUCAUCACCAAAAGCUUUAUCUGAAAUACUUCAUGCCAAGUUGAGGAAAUGUAGCAAGGUACCAUCACCAUCUCUCACUUGUUUAAGAUUGGAUAUUGAAAAUUCACACAUAGGAGUUUGGCAAAAACGUGCUGGCCCUUCUUCUGAUUCAAAAUGGGUAAUGACAGUUGAACUUCAAAAGAAAAAUAAUCCCAAAAAUAUUAAUGUUCAUGAAGGAGAAUUAAAUAAUAAUAAUAAUAAUUCCAAGAAUAAGUGUGGUGAAAUAGUUGAAGGUAUAAGUAUUAGAAGUGAAAUGGAUGAAGAAGAAAGAAUUGCUUUGCAAAUGAUUGAAGAAUUGCUUCAAAUAUGA